AUGUCAAUGCUACGAAGAAUUUGGAGAGCCAUAACUCGACCAACAGGCUUUGUUGGUCGAGAUCUCGAAGGGAAUUCAUUCUAUGAGCGGCCGACCCCACAUCCCAGUGGUCGUACACGACGAGUAGUUAAAUACCGAAGACCAGAGGAUCAGUGGUUAUACAUUGGAGGAGGAAGAAGACUACCCAUUCAAUGGUCAGCUUGGCUAUCUCACACUCGACCCACCCCGCCGACAUUGCAAGAGUUACAAGUCGAUUUGAUUCGCCAGCAGCGUGUACACCAUAAUGCUGAAAUGAUCAAAGCAGCAGACGAGAUGGAACGGGAGGAACAGCGGAGGUUAUUACAGGCAGGGGCUACGACGAAGAAGGCUAUUACUCUUGGGAUCGAGCCUACAUCGAGCGGCAACGAAAACACGAGUUCCAAAGGGAAAGAUCCCUCGACCAUGGGCGCGCCUGCAGGUGGACCACUAGCUCUUACACAAGAACCAUUGUGUCCGUCGCCCACUAAAAAACUGGCUUCAAAACUGUUACCUACGACAGGACCCGAUGAGUAUAAACCUGAGUCUUGGUCACCUAGGGUAUCAGUGCAAAGAGGACAGCAAAGGGAAGGAUGA